GGUAUAUCGCUUGUCUCGUGCCAUGAAAUUUUUUUAAACGUUUUGGGCAUGAGUCGUGUGUCAGCGAAGUUUGUUCCAAAAUUGCUGAAUUUUGACCAAAAGAACCGUCGCAUGAGCAUCGCUCAAGAGCUGUUGGAUGACGUCAACGACGACCCAGAUUUACUCAAAAGGGUCAUAACUGGUGACGAAUCAUGGGUAUAUGGUUAUGAUAUCGAAACCAAAGCCCAAUCGUCACAAUGGAAGAGCCCAGGUGAGCCAAGACCGAAAAAAGCACGCCAAGUUCGAUCAAAUGUCAAAGUUUUGAUCACUGUAUUCUUCGAUUACCAUGGCGUGGUGCAUCAGGAGUUCUUACCAUAUGGUCGUACGGUCAAUAAACAGUAUUAUCUGGAAGUUAUGCGCCGUUUGCGAAAAGCAAUUCGAAAAAAACGUCCAGAAUUUGUGAUGUGGGAAGUAAAAGCUCUGCUGUUUCUCAAUGUCUUCUGGCGAUAG